AUGUGGGACAGAGAGCUGCAGUGUGUGGGGAAUGAAUCUUUUCUUAUAUCCUGCCCCAGGGGAUCCCCCAGGACUCAGCCCUGCAGCCAUGCAGAUGCUGUUGGAGUCACCUGCACAGAAUACAGGCUGGUGAAUGGCAGCAGAGGCUGUGAGGGAAGGGUGGAGGUCCACGUGCAGGGCACCUGGGGCACCCUCUGUGACUGGCACUGGGACCUGCUGGACGCCCACGUUCUCUGUCGUCACCUCAACUGUGGCUUUGCUGAGUCUCUUCCUGGAGGAGGCCACUUUGGGAGAGGCACAGGCCCUGUCUGGAGAGACUCCUUCCACUGUGCUGGCACUGAAGCCCAGCUGGGCCAGUGCCCCGUGAGCAGCCUGGGGGCCUCUCUGUGCUCCCAUGAGCAGGACGCUGCUGUCAUUUGCUCAGCUGGCUCCGGUUCCCUGCGGCUGGUGGGUGGAGGGAGCCGCUGCGAUGGACGAGUGGAGAUCUUGCGGCGUGGGACAUGGGGCAGGGUCCUGGCAGAGCAGUGGCACCUGCAGGAGGCCAGCGUGGUGUGCCGGCAGCUGCGGUGCGGAGAGGCAGAGGCAGCCUACACCCUGCCCAAGGCUGAGAGAGGGCAGGGCCCCGUGGGGCUGCGAGGGGUGCGGUGUGCAGGGCACGAGGCCAGUCUGCAGCUCUGCAACACCUCCCUGCCCCAGAGCGUGCUGGCAGCAGGCAUUGCAGAGGAUGUGGGGGUCUCUUGCAGUGGGAGCUGGCAGGUGCGGCUGGCAGGGGGCCGCGGGCGCUGCGAGGGCAGAGUGGAGAUCUACUCGCAGGGCAGCUGGGGCAGCGUCUGCGAUGACAGCUGGGACCUGGCCGAUGCCAGCGUCGUUUGCCAGCAGCUGGGCUGCGGAGGGGCGCUGCAGGCGGUUGGCUCCGCUGGCUUCGGGGCAGGCUCUGGGCACAUCUGGCUGGAUGGGGUCAACUGCUCCGGGGCCGAAGCUGCUCUCUGGGAGUGCCCGGCAGGGCCCUGGGGGCAGCACGACUGCGGGCACAAAGAGGACGCCGGAGUCAUCUGCUCAGAGUUCGUGGCCCUGAGGCUGGAGAAGAGCAGCAACUGCUCCGGGCGCCUGCAGGUGUUCUACAAUGGCACCUGGGGCAAUGUCUGCUCCAACUCAAUGACUCCCAGAACUGUCUCACUGGCAUGCAAGGAGCUGGGCUGUGGGGACACAGGGGACCUGGAUACAAACCUGCCCUAUGCUAGGGUGUCUGAUGUGGCCUGGCUGGAUCGAGUCCAGUGUGGGGAGAGAAACAGCUCCUUCUGGCAGUGUCCCUCUGCUCCCUGGCACCUGCACUCUUGUGAAGACCUGCGAGAUGAGACCCACAUCAUCUGCCAUGGGAAACGACCAGAAGUGUCUGCAGAUCUCUCAGCCCCAUGCCCAGACUCCAGGAACUGCACAGCCAGGGAGAAGAUUCGUGCCGUGGGAGGGCAGCACAGGUGCUCAGGCAGAGUGGAGGUCUGGCUGCACGGCUCCUGGGGCACGGUGUGCGACGACUCCUGGGACAGGCAGGAUGCCCAGGUGGCAUGCAGGCAGCUGGGCUGUGGCCCUGUGCUGUCUGCCCCGGGGGAGGCUGCCUUUGGGGAGGGGACAGGCCCCAUCUGGCUGGAGCAGGUGGAGUGCCAGGGCACAGAGCCAUCUCUGCAGGAGUGCUGGGCCCGGCCUGGGGACAGCGGUGUCUGCCGGCACAAGGAGGAUGCUGCUGUGAGCUGCUCAGAUGCACCCAGCACAGAAGCACCAACCCCCCGAGCAGGUAACCUCUCCUCCCUGCCAGGGCUGCAUACCACUUGGGAGCCCGUCCCUGAGGCUGUGUACGAGGACAUUGGAUCCAGCCCUUCGUGGGAGAAGCAGGAGAGGUUCAGUGACUCAGGCUCCUGUUUAGAGGGAUCCAUGGGUCAGCUGCAGCCCAAGCCUGGUGACAGAGAGGAGGAGGAUGGCCUGGAGUCAACAGCAGAUGUCUCUGUCCUGGCUGGAGAUGACCCAGUGGAUGGCUAUGAUGAUGCCAGGGAGAUUUCUGACCCUGCACAGGUUCCUGUGUUCGGGCAGGGAGCCAGGGAAAUGCCCAGGGGGGCAGAGGAAGGAUUAGGACCCAGAGAUACACCUGGAGGCACCUUGGAGGUGAGGCUGGCAAAUGGCGGCAGGAGCUGUGCUGGGAGAGUGGAAGUGAAACACGAGGGACAGUGGUGGACUGUGUGUGGUUCCUCCUGGGACAUGAAGGAUGCUGCAGUGGUUUGUAGGCAGCUGCAAUGCUUUGCCCAGCUGGUUGGAGGGGACAGUCCCUGCUCAGGACGUGUGGAGAUCGAUGAUGGGAAGGAGUGGAAACCUGUCUGUGCCUCAGCCUUUGAUCUGAGAGCUGCCAACGUGAUCUGCAGGGAGCUGCAGUGUGGCACAGCCCUGUCUGUGCAUGGGGCAGCUCAGUUUGGAGAUUGGGAUGGUCCCAUGUGGGACAGAGACCUGCAGUGUGUGGGGAAUGAAUCUUUUCUUAUAUCCUGCCCCAGGGGAUCCCCCAGGACUCAGCCCUGCAGCCAUGCAGAUGCUGUUGGAGUCACCUGCACACAAUACAGGCUGGUGAAUGGCAGCAGAGGCUGUGAGGGAAGGGUGGAGGUCCAAGUGCAGGGCACCUGGGGCACCCUCUGUGACUGGCACUGGGACCUGCUGGACGCCCACGUUCUCUGUCGUCACCUCAACUGUGGCUUUGCUGAGUCUCUUCCUGGAGGAGGCCACUUUGGGAGAGGCACAGGCCCUGUCUGGAGAGACUCCUUCCACUGUGCUGGCACUGAAGCCCAGCUGGGCCAGUGCCCCGUGAGCAGCCUGGGGGCCUCUCUGUGCUCCCAUGAGCAGGACGCUGCUGUCAUUUGCUCAGCUGGCUCCGGUUCCCUGCGGCUGGUGGGUGGAGGGAGCCGCUGCGAUGGACGAGUGGAGAUCUUGCGGCGUGGGACAUGGGGCAGGGUCCUGGCAGAGCAGUGGCACCUGCAGGAGGCCAGCGUGGUGUGCCGGCAGCUGCGGUGCGGAGAGGCAGAGGCAGCCUACACCCUGCCAAAGGCUGAGAGAGGGCAGGGCCCCGUGGGGCUGCGAGGGGUGCGGUGUGCAGGGCACGAGGCCAGCCUACAGCUCUGCAACACCUCCCUGCCCCAGAGCGUGCUGGCAGCAGGCAUUGCAGAGGAUGUGGGGGUCGCUUGCAGUGGGAGCCGGCAGGUGCGGCUGGCAGGGGGCCGCGGGCGCUGCGAGGGCAGAGUGGAGAUCUACUCGCAGGGCAGCUGGGGCAGCGUCUGCGAUGACAGCUGGGACCUGGCCGAUGCCAGCGUCGUUUGCCAGCAGCUGGGCUGCGGAGGGGCGCUGCAGGCGGUUGGCUCCGCUGGCUUCGGGGCAGGCUCUGGGCACAUCUGGCUGGAUGGGGUCAACUGCUCCGGGGCCGAAGCUGCUCUCUGGGAGUGCCCGGCAGGGCCCUGGGGGCAGCACGACUGCGGGCACAAAGAGGACGCCGGAGUCAUCUGCUCAGAGUUCAUGGCCCUGAGGCUGGAGAAGAGCAGCAACUGCUCCGGGCGCCUGCAGGUGUUCUACAAUGGCACCUGGGGCAAUGUCUGCUCCAACUCAAUGACUCCCAGAACUGUCUCACUGGCAUGCAAGGAGCUGGGCUGUGGGGACACAGGGGACCUGGAUGCAAACCUGCCCUCUGCUAGGGUGUCUACUGCUGCCUGGCUGGAUCGAGUGCAGUGUGGGGAGAGAAACAGCUCCUUCUGGCAGUGUCCCUCUGCUCCCUGGCACCUGCACUCUUGUGAAGACCUGCGAGAUGAGACCCACAUCAUCUGCAAUGGUAAUUCUGAGCUAGAUGGGCACCAGCAUGCCCCCAGAUUCUACUCCCAACUGGGGAAACAGCCAGAAGUGUCUGCAGAUCUCUCAGCCCCAUGCCCAGACCCCAGGAACUGCACAGGUAGCUGCUCCUCUGCACACCCCUCUCAGCCGGCAGGGCUCUGCCUGCUCUCCUGCUGCCCUGGCAGGGCUCUGCCUUCUCCAGCCAGGGAGAAGAUUCGUGCCGUGGGAGGGCAGCACAGGUGCUCAGGCAGAGUGGAGGUCUGGCUGCACGGCUCCUGGGGCACGGUGUGCGACGACUCCUGGGACAGGCAGGAUGCCCAGGUGGCAUGCAGGCAGCUGGGCUGUGGGCCUGUGCUGUCUGCCCCGGGGGAGGCUGCCUUUGGGGAGGGGACAGGCCCCAUCUGGCUGGAGCAGGUGGAGUGCCAGGGCACAGAGCCAUCUCUGCAGGAGUGCUGGGCCCGGCCUGGGGACAGCGGUGUCUGCCGGCACAAGGAGGAUGCUGCUGUGAGCUGCUCAGAUGCACCCAGCACAGAAGCACCAACCCCCCAAGCAGGUGCCCCUGGGGGCCGUCGGACCAGCAGCAGCAGUGUCUCAGUGCCUGUCAUCAUCUGCAUCGUCCUGGGAGCCCUUCUCUGCCUGCUCCUGGCCCUCCUGGCUGGACAAGUGCAAAGUGCCAGGGCUGGGCGCAGAGCUGCCCAGACCACUUGGGAGCCCGUCCCUGAGGCUGUGUACGAGGACAUUGGAUCCAGCCCUUCGUGGGAGAAGCAGGAGAGGUUCAGUGACUCAGGCUCCUGUUUAGAGGGAUCCAUGGGUCAGCUGCAGCCCAAGCCUGGUGACAGAGAGGAGGAGGAUGGCCUGGAGUCAACAGCAGAUGUCUCUGUCCUGGCUGGAGAUGACCCAGUGGAUGGCUAUGAUGAUGCCAGGGAGAUUUCUGACCCUGCACAGGUUCCUGUGUUCGGGCAGGGAGCCAGGGAAAUGCCCAGAGGGGCAGAGGAAGGAUUAGGACCCAGAGAUACACCUGGAGGGGCAGAUCUGUGCUCACAGAGCAGUGCUGAGGGCCCUGGAGCUGGGCCAGAUACCUGCACCCUGUCCCCUCAGAGCACAGACUAUGAGGAUGCUGAAGAGCUGCCUGCUGCACAUCCCCCUGAGGGCACAGGGGGCAACAGCACAGAUCAGGCCACAAGGCUCCCUGAGUCCUCAGCCAGCUGAGCCCAUCCCUGCCACUGGGCUGGCUGCAGCUGUGAGGGAGGAGAACUCUGUGCAGCUGGGAGAGACACAGGCACCAGGAACUGGCUCUGGCUCCCAGCAGAGGCAGCAGGGCAAUGCUUCUGCUUUCCCCCCAACUCUGAGCCCUCCACACUGGUUCUGAAUAAAAGAUUUUGGAAGAUUG